AUGCGAUCCCAGCACUGGCUCAAAGCCCUUUAUCUCGCAACCCUUGGCGCGACCAAGAUAGCAGCGAUGACUCACGGAGAGUAUGACGACUACCUCGGCAAGGUGAUUCGAUAUCAUCAACUCGCAGAGGGUGUUUAUACGGGCGUUCCCGCCGAUGAAUGGGACGACCAAGUUCACCGACGCUCUGAUGAGGUCUGGGACCUUGGCGAAUUGGUCAGGAGGGGGGGCGGCUCCGACGACGACGAUGCCACCGUCGUGGAUCUCGAGACGCGCGACCUGGGAGGGAUCGGGGAGAAGUGCACCGAGGUGGUCACCUGCGCCGCGGUGCAUGGCAACAAAACCAUCAAGGCCGCGUACGAGGCGUGGUUGGCGGCCGUCGAAAAGGCCAAGCCCGCGUGCACCAGCUUACUCGAGUUCCUGGACCGGCCGUUCUGGGCCACGUGGUUUGGCGUCGCCAUCGCCGGCAUCAUCUCGGCCCACGUCAACUCGGCGUCGCUCAACUCGUGCUCGGCCCUCAAGAGCCCCCUGGGUACGGACGCCGAGGUGGUGAGGAACGUGGUUGCGCACGCGGUGGCGGCCCACACCGACGCCACGGACAUGUCGAUUACGGUUCAUGGACCCUCGGGCGAGUGGACGAUUAGCAUCGCCUCGACCGGGGCCGAGAUGAAGCCUGUGCCGGCUUGCCGGCGGUAG